AUGAUUAAACAACAGCAACCACAGCAACUUAAGGCACAGACCAUUACAUACGCCAUAUAUGCAUAUAAUUCAAAGACGGCAGAACAAACGCAAAGGUUGAAAUAUGGAGAUUUGGAGAUAGUAUUGAAAAAUGACCAUUUCGAAUUCGUUUGCAAAGGUGGUGCAGUGAUAUCAAAUAUAAAAGAAAUUUUAUUUAUGAAUUCAAAAAUUAAAGGUAUAACGGAUGAUAUAACAUCAAUUCCACCAGAAGAACAAAGAUAUUACGCAUUAAAUGCAUUUCCUAAAGUUUUGAAGAUUGGAAGAUUUAAUUUAAAUGAGGAAUUCAUAAAAGGUUUCCUAAAUGACAUAAUGAAGAAAGCAGAUAAGGAAUAUGUCAACAGUGAGUUAAUGAAGAAGGCAGAUAAGGAAUAUGUGGUUAGUGAGUUAGAGAAGAAAGCAGAUAAGGGACUUGUGGCUAGUGAAUUAAUGAAGAAGGCAGAUAAGGAAUAUGUUAAUGAAAAAGAUAAUGAAAUUAAAGAAAUGGUUGAAUGGUAUCAUGAAUGGACAUCAAAGAUUUUAAAAACUAAAGCUGAUACAGGAUGGGUUUCAGAAUGUUUAGACCUUAAAGCAGAUAAAACUUAUGUGACUAGUGAGUUAGAGAAGAAGGCAGAUAAGGAAUAUGUUAACGAAAUAUACCAAAGUUUGAUAGGAACAACAAAAAAUAUUGAAACUAUUGUUGGUGACUUUUCUGUCAAUGAAGAAAAUAAAUAUUUUAGAUGGUAG